UAUUUAUAAAAUGUGUUUUUUCAUUUCAUUCUAGACCAAAGAGAGAAAAUGAGUUCGCUCUAUGUUGGAAAUUUGCACCCAGACGUAACAGAGGCAGUGCUGUACAAUACUUUCAGAGUAGCAGGCCAGAUCAACACUAUUCGAGUGGUCCGCGACAAGAUAUCUGGACGAUCCCUCUGCUAUGCCUACGUAAAUUUUAAUAGUCCUGCUGAAGCUGAAAGAGCCUUAGAUGACUUGAAUUAUGACUUGCUACUAGGCGAAGUAAUGCGAAUCAUGAAGGCCCAACCCAGUUGCUCACGGCUAAAUUGGAUUGAUAACAACGUCUUCAUCAAUCAUUUGAACAAGACAAUUAACACUAAAGAACUUCACAACACUUUCUCGGCAUUUGGCAAAAUCUUGAGCUGCAAGUUGAAAACUGACGAGGCCGGAAACUCAUUGGGUUACGGUUAUGUCCAAUUUGAAACUGAGGAAGCCGCCAAAACCGCUAUCAAGAAGGUGAACGGUAUGUUGUUGGAGGAUCAGAAAGUGUACGUUGGAAAGUUCAUCCCUCGUAAAGAACGCUGUAAAGACGCAAAUAUCUUCACCAAUGUCUAUAUCAAGAAUUUGAGCGACGACAUCACUGACGACAAGCUGCACCAGAUGUUUGAAAAGUUUGGGCGCAUUACUAGCCACAAGGUCAUGGUGUCUGAAAGUGGUAAAAGUAAGGGCUUCGGCUUUGUUGCCUUUGAAGAACAUGCUGCCGCAAAAAAUGCCUGCGAGGAGUUUAAUGGCAAGCCUGAUAAUAGAAAGGUGUUGUACUGCGGACCUGCUGAAAGUAAAUCCUUCAGGCAGAAAGGGUUAAGUAUGAGGUCAAAGGAACUAAGAACCCGCGGCAAGGACUCAAAUUUGUAUAUCAAGAACCUAGAUAAGACCAUCAACGAUGCACAGCUGAAGAGCUUGUUUGAAAGUUUUGGCGAAAUAUUGAGUGUUAAGGUGAUGUUGGAUGCAAAUACUGGAAGGAGCAGGGGAUUUGGAUUUGUGUGUUUCACAAGUCCUGAAGCAGCAACGGAGGCUAUUAAAAAUGUGAACGGCCAAAUGGUUUUAUCUAAACCUCUAUAUGUUUCGCUGGCUCAGAGCAAGGAAAAGCGCUUAGCCGUGCUGCGCGCACAAUUCAUGAGUAGUCUAAUGCACUCACAACCGCCGCAAUUCUACCGCAACCAGGUGGCGCAGAAUUGGCCGCAACCUCAGUCUCAAUGGACAUCUGGUGAAAUGCCUCAUCCUUGUGUGCCUGGUCAGCCAACUUAUUACUUGGGACUAUCCAACCCGCAGAACCAUUAUCUAGUGCGCCCGCACUACUCGCCGGUGCCCAUGACUGAUAUUGGUAUGCAUCCGCCAUGCUCUACUCAGAUCCCGCAGCCUGCUACUGUAGGGACUCCCAGCCCAAAAGUGCGCCCUUCCUCUCAGGCAGCCAGCAGCCGCAACCUCGCAUCCUAUCCUCCUCAUAAUUACCCGCAAAAGCAGCAGGGCACUCAUCAGAAGAAUAAAAAGCUCUCGAGGCCCGCCAAUUCGGACCAUUCUAGAGCAGCCCCCAACAUGCCUGGCGGCGUGGCCAACCGGUCGACUAACCUUGGCCAUCCCAUAGAGCAGCAGCAGCCGCACACUCCCUCCUACUACAACAUAAUAAAAGAGCCGACUAAUUAUGGAUACCCUCUGAUGCACACCGUCAUGGCACACAAUGUGCCGGUCGGUUGGACGACUUCAAGCCAUACCCAAACCUCCGUGUCAAGGGUGCAGCCGCCUCUCUCUCCCGCCACAUUGAACCGGCAAGGAGCAAGAGCUGCCCUAAACCCGGAAGAUGGUGCGGUCAGCAAGCAGAAGUGGUCUACCGGCACCACAACCAGCGAGCAGAGCCCUCAGGAUCAUGCUGCGAUGCAACCACAAGUGCAGAACCAUGGACUUCCAACAGUGACCGCUUUUCUCGACCAGCAAGAAGCAGCGGCCUGCACUCCAGAAUCAUGCCUCACGGCCACUGACUUGAACUGUUCCAGUCAGGGCCUAACUAAUGGCACCGAUUCGACCAAUAGCGCUCAUCUCUUGGACGAAAACAAGGACACAAUGACAAACAAUACCUCGGCGACGCAGCAGCAUGGUGUGCUUGCCACAGAGCCUGCUCUGACUGCCGCCAUGCUUGAGGGUGUUUCUGUAGAAGAACGGAGAAAUAUGAUAGGAAAUCGCAUGUUCCACUUAAUCCAUAACAUGUACCCACAAUCGGCGAGCAAAAUCACAGGUAUGCUGCUCGAGAUUGACAAUGCAGAGCUGCUGCAUAUGCUCAAUAAUCACGAAAAUUUGAAAAUCAAGGCUGAAGAAGCAUUCAUGGUGCUCACCGCCUUUGAAGCCAGCAAGGAUUCAAAACAAACGAUUCAGCAUAACGGAAAGUAGUAAAAAUGUCGUCAACUAUUUAAAUGAGUUAUUGUUUAUUUUUAAGUUCGCGCAAGGUCUUUUCCAGUGUAGUAAAAGCUAGAAAAAACACAUGAGUAAAUAUUAACAUAUAGAUUUUUUGUUAAUGCUCUCAGAUCAUUUUUUUAACAUAUUUUAAUUUUCGUCACAAGCGCUUCGCGCGAGGGCGGGGGCGCGUCUGGUGUUGCCCCCCGGGUCGAGUAGGGGCCCGGCGUCACCGUUGGCGCCCCGAAAAAUCUGUGUUGAGCACAAGUGCGAAAUCCGCUUGUAAGAAGCAUUAAUUACGAACUAAGCGAAAAGAAGCACCGGCUAAACUGCGUAAUGAUAGUUCUCAGGAUGCGCGAACUGAGAAAAGUCAGUGACUCGGCGGCGAGGACGAACACUCGCCGCCAAACACCGUCAAAUGUGCUUGAAAACACUUGAGUAAGUAUGAAAAAUUAAUGAUUCCAGAUAAUUUUUUACUUGGGUAAAACAUAAUAGUAAUUUUCUUCAUCUAGUUUAAUUAUUUUAUGUAUUAUUAUGAACAGAUUUCCUA